AAUUUAGUUAAGGCGUUUUUAGAGUAAGAGUAACAUCAAUUAAGUAAAACACUGACACUGACAAUUAAAACUAAUCACCCGUAGUAUUUAAAUUAAUUGUCACUCUGUUUUUGUUCACUGUUAAUUAAAUCUUUAGCUUUCCAUUUUUCAUUUGUUUAAUUAAAUCAUGAUUAACUUACCUUUGAUUACGUUUAUAUUUUUGAUUAUAUCAACAAGCACAAUCAACUCACUUCCAGUGAUUAAUGAGAUAGACAAUGAGUUCAAUGAUGAUCAGUUAAUUACUGAAGUGAUUACAAGCCAACAAUCAAUUAAACCAUUGGAGGAUUUAAGUUUAUUUCUAGGAGAUAUUAAAUUGCGAGCAAAAAAUGAAUCAACAAACAAUGAUGAUGAUAAGAUGUUAUUUAGAAACGCAAUUGAAUUUGAUGAUAAUCUUUGGUCUUACGCUUAUGUACCAAUUGAAAUUGAUCCAAAAUUAGAUAAAAUAUCGUCAAUGAUUGAAGAAGCACUAGAUGAGUUCCAUCAGAAAACUUGUAUACGAUUUAAGACUCGAAUCGCUGAACGUGAUUAUGUUAAAUUCAUUUUCGAUGAAGGUUGCUAUUCAUUUGUUGGGAGACUUGGAGGACUUCAGACAAUUUCAUUAGGUGAUGGUUGUCAUUGUAAAGGAACCAUAAUUCAUGAGACCAUGCAUGCUCUUGGAUUUUACCAUGAACACAACAGAUCAGAUCGAGAUGAUUAUGUAACAAUUAACUACGAUAAUAUACAAUCAGGGGCUAAGAAUAUGUUCAUUAAACUGAAUCCACAUGAGAAUCGGCUCUACACAACUUACGAUUAUGAAUCAAUUAUGCAUUAUGAUGGAGCAGCAUUCAGUAAAUCAGCUAAUCUAUUAACUAUGGUUCCCAAACAGGAAGGAGUUAAUCUGGUUCAUCCUUGUGAUAAACCAUUUCUAUCAGUAAAAGACGUUGAGAAACUAAAUCAACUUUAUAAGUGUUCAAAUUAGAUUCUAAUUGUAACAACAAUUAACUCGAAAUACUUGUCUAGAUAUGUGCCUAUUUUUUACAUUGACAAUUGUAAUUUAAAUACUAUUACUAUUAAUUGCUAAUCUUUUAUUUGAUAAUUUAAUGUCCAAUUAAAAGUUAAUCAAUUUUUUUGCAUCAA